AUGCUAUAUUCUAUUGUUAUUAUCGUUGUUUAUUUAUCUUUCUCUCAUGGCCAAAUAAAUGAUACUGUCGUUCGUCAAACUCGUCCAUUAUCAUCGUUGACAUUUGAUGAAAUUAUGGUUGAUGGUGCAUUUGAUAUUUUUCUAAGUCAAAUAUCAAAUAGAAGUUCUACUCCGACGGUCGAAAUUGAAACAACUGUCGAUAUUCAAAAAUAUGUUAUUGUUGAAAUUAUUAACAAUCAUGUUCUUUCGAUUCAUAUUAAAGGUCCUGUAAUGAUCGAUAAAAAUAUUUAUGCUUAUGUUCGAUUUAAUUCACCUUUACGUCGUUAUACGAUUAAAGGAACUGGGAAUACAAUGACCGAUGAUAAUGGAAUAUCGAACGAUGAUAGAAAUACAUUUGUCUUAGAUCAUCGAGGUGUAGCUAAUGUUGCCAUGGGAUUAAAUGUGAACAAGUUUGAAGUUUAUUUUGCUGGUACGGGCAAUAGUCGUUUCUGGGGCAAAGUUCGGCAAGAGGCAAUAUUCGAUGCGAAAGGAGUCGGUGAUAUUAAUGCACUAGAUUUAUCACCUAAACAAGUAAAAGUACGCGCCAUGGGAGUUAGUAUCAUACGUGUUGCAGCAACAGAUGAUGUUCAAAUUGAAGUCACUGGCAUUUCAAGUGUAUACUAUCGAUUACCUUCUGGAAAGAAACCAAGUAAAGCUAAAUCAACUGGACUUGGAAAAAUUGUACCUAUUGCUUAA